AUGGGCUCUGUGUACAACUCAGUGAAGAAUCAUGGCAAUAAUUCAGGAUUCCGGGUCUUUAAGCAUGAUUACCGGCAUAAAUCAUCACUCUUGGCCCUCUCACGUGAUGGCAGGAUUUUCGCCUCCAGCUCUUUGGCGUCAAUGAACUUAUGGGAUCUCACCAUCGGCCAGCUACAUCGGUCAUCGGAAGCGAUGAUUAAGGUUACAGAGGAUAUACAACCUGCUCUUGUACCCGUGGAUCGUCUUCUAUUCUCACCUGAUGGCCAAGUGGUUGCAUCGAGCUCAUAUGACGGCACCAUCAACCUGUGGGAUGGAGUCACAGGGAAUCAUAUCCGUUGCCUCCAAUCAGGGACUGAGAGAAUUGUGCCUGGCGACUUUCAGCUUCUAGCAAUGGCCUUCUCACCUGAUGGGCGUCUUCUGAUAGUAGUCGACGGUUUCGGGGACAUUACCAUGUACCAGGCUUUAGCAACUACACGCCCGAGCCAGAAAAUAUGGCGCAUACAGCCUGACCGUCAAGAACGAGGGACAUAUCUCAACUUCUCGCCCAAUGGAGAGCUACUAGUCCUGAAAAUUGUCACCGGACUGCUCAUCUUUUGGAACCUGGACAGUUCCGAGCCACAAUACAUCGAGUAUUAUCGUGACAACUAUGAUGUUGAGGAAUCUGCAUAUUUUGCUUUCUCCCCGGACGGUACGCUGCACUACUUUAACUGUGCUUGA